AUGAAUAUGGCUUUCGAGCAGGGCGCCGUCCUAGCCCUUGGGAGGAAAGUCCUAGCCCUUGGGAGGAGAGUCCUAGCCCUUGGGAGGAAAGUCCUAGCCCUUGGGAGGAGAGUCCUAGCCCUUGGGAGGAAAGUCCUAGCCCUUGGGAGGAGAGUCCUAGCCCUUGGGAGGAAAGUCCUAGCCCUUGGGAGGAGAGUCCUAGCCCUUGGGAGGAGAGUCCUAGCCCUUGGGAGGAAAGUCCUAGCCCUUGGGAGGAGAGUCCUAGCCCUUGGGAGGAAAGUCCUAGCCCUUGGGAGGAAGGUUGUGAAUCGGGCUAAUUCAGAGCUCAGUUGCCAGAUUGCCAGAUUCUCCUUUUUCUGGAAUUGGACAAAGUAUAGGAGCAGUAAUUAUGAUCAGUAA